AGUCGGAAAGUUAUCGUGAAACAAUUAAGAAGCGACACCAGAAAAAAAGAAAGGUGCUGUGGAAGUGAAUUAUACUAAAGUGAUUAUCUAAAAAGUUCAAUAAAUUGUGUCAGUUAAAAUGUAUGCAAAAGCAAAGCUCAAGAAUUCGGAAGAUUAUGCUGGAAGUCCUCCAAAGUUGAAGGAAGGAGGAUCGUACAUUAUGGAGUCUCAGUCUCUUGAGAAUGCUGCAAAGACAGUUAUCAUAUUUUCACCAACGGACCCGAAUACUGCUGGAAACCUGGCAAAAAUGCUGAAAAUCUUUGAUGUCUUUAACAUUGACUUGUCUCAUAUCGAGUCUCGAUCAUCAACUCGUGUUCCAGGUUAUGAAUUUAUGGUGGAAUGCGAUGCACGAAAUAAUCCACAGCUUCAUGAUGCUUUGGAUAUUUUGAAAGAUAAGUGCACUUACUUCCAAAUCAUUUCGCGUGCAUACAAUGAUGAAGAAAAGGUUGAAGAUGAUGUAGUUCCGUGGUUUCCAAGACGUAUUCGAGAAUUGGAUCGUUUUGCUAAUCAGAUAUUAUCCUAUGGAGCUGAAUUGAAUGCGGAUCACCCUGGUUUUACAGAUCCGACAUAUCGAGAGAGGCGCAAAUACUUUGCUGACAUCGCUUAUAACUAUAAACAUGGCAAACCGCUUCCACAUGUUGAAUACACGGAAGAAGAAAUCAAAACAUGGGGUGUUGUUUUUAAGAAUCUUACAAAAUUAUACCCGACUCAUGCCUGCAGAGAACACAACCACGUGUUUCCUUUACUUAUUGAGAAUUGUGGAUAUCGAGAAGAUAACAUUCCACAACUUGAAGAUGUCUCAAACUUUUUAAAGGAUUGUACAGGCUUCUCCUUACGUCCUGUCGCUGGAUUAUUGUCAUCAAGAGAUUUCUUAGCUGGACUUGCUUUUCGUGUCUUUCACUCAACUCAAUAUAUUCGUCAUCCAUCUAAGCCUUUAUAUACUCCAGAACCUGAUGUAAUCCAUGAAUUGAUGGGACAUGCUCCACUUUUUGCUGAUCCUGCAUUUGCACAGUUUUCACAACAAAUUGGACUCGCUUCUCUUGGUGCACCUGAUGAUGUUAUUGAAAAACUUGCUACAUGCUUCUGGUUCACAGUUGAGUAUGGUUUGUGUCGUCAAAAUGGAGAAUUAAAAGCUUACGGUGCCGGCUUAUUAUCAAGUUUCGGUGAACUUGAAUACUGUUUAACCGAUAAACCACAAAUAAAGGAAUUCGAGCCUGCAAUAACAGGUUUACAAAAAUAUCCAAUUACCGAGUACCAGCCAUUAUACUUUGUAGCUGAAAGCUUUGACAGUGCAAUCGAGAAAAUGAUCAAAUUUGCCGACUCGAUUAAGCGUCCAUUUGGAGUUCGAUACAAUGCUUACACUCAAACGAUUGAGGUUCUUGACAGCAAGCAUCAGCUUGAGAACUUACUUCAAAAUAUUAAUAUGGAAGUUCAUAUUUUACAUAACGCUUUGAGGAAAUUGUAAAUUCUACACGCGCUUAGACAGUAAAAACAUGUUUACUCUAUAUGAUUAAUCUGUUAAGAUAUUAAGAUUUUUGUGUGCGAUUAACUUUCUGAUGUAAAAUUAUUUUAAUUUGAUGAUUCAUUUUUUUUUUUGAUCUAACUGAACGGAAAUAAAGCUAUUAAGUACACUUGUUUAUUUGUUUACUUCUAA